CUUGAUAAUCUUUACAACGGCGAUACUUUGUUUUUAUACGCCACACUUAUGGCAGCGACUGGUGACUCGACCGGCAAUUCGCAAAAUCUAGCAUUGAGGUUCUUAUUUCAAAUGCUCGAAUCAGAAUUUUCUAAAACUUACAGAAAACAGAAUAAUGGUGUUCCUGCCUCCCUUAUAAGUGAUCCAGUUCUUACAUACGCAAACAUUUUAGGGCAGAUGAAUUUACUCCCUGCCAUUAUGCCAUUGCUUGGGACUGGAAGUGCACGUACAAUGUUGCCGUAUAACAGUUCGGUUGAGGAAGACAAGAUCAGUGACGUGUGUUAUGAGGAUAUGAUCGACUUUAUUGAUGCAGCGAAUGAUGAAAAAGAAUGGGCAUUGAGAAGGCUUGAUUCAUAUGGGAAAAUACCUUCUGGCCUUGCAAAAGGGAAUAUCAAUUUCCUCGGCUCCUUUGACCAAUGUCUAAAGAUCAGAUCGGACAUUAAAGCCAAUGAAAUUCUUGGAGGCAUUCGCAGAAACUCUCCAAGGUAUCCACGAUCCGUAGGAUCCAAAUAUUGCCGUGUUCGUAUACCGCUUCCGAAAAGUAUUGUCGACGGAAUAGGCGUGGAAACAAAAGGUAUUGGCUUAAAAGUAACCUGGGGUACGUGCAUUCCUGACACGUGUACAGGAAACGAUGUAUACGGACUUCUGAAACUGGAUGUUUUCAAAAACGCAACGUCAAUGGUAGAGUCUGUUGAUUGUACCCUGGAAUUGGACAUAACACAGGACCUGGCGGCGGUACUCACCAUAAUGCUUCUCAGUAUUUUGGCGUUUCUUAUGUUAACCGGAACGCUUUACGUUUCGAUGGAGUCACGGGGUGAUAUCGCUGACAAUGAUAAAUCUGCUAAUGCAGACAGUGCCUACAGCAAUCUGACAUUCACAAAUGUCGACGAAAGUAAACCGUGUCCGACAUUGAACGAGGUUAAAGUUGAAAACGGGCACACUGCGAAAGAAGGGGAAAAGGGAAGAAAAGAAAUUGGACUUCUUGCAAACUAUGUACCACACUCAGAAUCCGAUAAAUCUGCCUCAGACAAAACAGUGGAUACAAUAACUGAUCAACCAAACGGUGUUUCAAAUGGCGGUACUGGUACCAAAGCUGUAUCACUAACACAAGAAACCAAUGCUAAACCAUCACGACAAAAGAAAGAAGGUGUACUAGUCCGUAUCGUCAAAGCGUUCUCCAUACAGAUAAACGCCCCAAAGAUACUGACCGGGAGGACUGGACUUAACUCAAUAAAAUGUAUCCACGGAAUCAAGUUCUUCACUAUAACAUGGGUAAUACUAAAUCACACUUAUAACUACGGUAUACUGUCGGACGCUUCGACGACCUUGGCAACAGCGAACUUUGGGGAUGCAUUGAGUAUGAUACAACGGUUUACGUUUCAAAUAAUCACUGCAGGAGGUUUCGCCGUCGACACAUUCUUCGUAUUAAGUGCGAUGUUGCUGACAUAUACUCAACUGAAGCGAUUGGCAAAGCUAAAGACCCAUCUGACUGGACCGAAGAUCGGCAGCUACGCCAUGCUUUAUUUUUUUCACAGAUUUUGGAGGUUGACGCCAAUGUACGUCGUGGUUCUCCUUAUCUUCGCAACACUACUUCCGUACUUAGGGAGCGGUCCACUAUGGCCAAAUGUAUUGCAAACCUCAGAAGAUUGCAAGCAAUCGUGGUGGACAAACUUGUUAUAUAUCAACAACAUCGUCAAAGUGGAUAGUCAGUGUAUGGGAUGGACUUGGUUCCUGUCUAAUGACAUGCAGUUCUAUGUCGUGUCCAUAUUCCUUCUCUUCUUUAUGACACUGUCUUUGCCUCUAGGACUUGUACUUUCUACAUUGCUGUUUCUGGUGGGAAGUGGUGUUGCGACAUGGCAAGCAUACGUUUACAAUGGAAAUAUUUUGUCAAUAAAAUCAGACAAUGGUAAAUACUGGAAAUACGUCUACAUCGCACCCUGGUCCCGUUUUGGUGGUUAUUGUGUGGGUUUGUUCCUCGGAGUCAUCUUUUACAAACGACCAAGGAAGGCAUUUAGCAAGAUAAUCGGUUAUGUUGGAUGGACCAUCGCCACUGCCGUCGCCCUGACACUGGUGUACUCCACAUACUCUGCCAACAAGGAGGGAGGUGUGGUAUGGACAAAUGUACAGACCGCCUUCUACGAGGGUUUCGGCCGACCAGUGUGGUCGCUCUGUGUUGCCUGGGUGAUCUUCGCCUGCCACAACGACAUGGGAGGUUACGUGAAUUCGAUCCUGUCAUGGAAAGCCCUGGUACCACUGUCCCGUCUGUCGUUUUCCGUCUAUUUGAUUCAUCCCGUGAUGAUGAUUACACAUGUGUACUCCAAACGUUCCCUUGUCUAUCUUACGGAUUACGAUAUGAUCUAUCUUUUUGUUGGUCACACCAUAGUAUCCUACAUGGCAGCGUUUAUAUUGGCUCUUGCAUGCGAAGCCCCAUUUAUGGCGCUGGAGAAGUUACUUUUCGGAACGAUUUAACACCACUUUGCGGAUUCCAACAAAGCAAGCAACAUCGUAUGAAUCGCCAUCCGGAUAUCCCUUCUUAACAUACAUCAAGGGAUUGUCAAAGAGUGAAAGGUGACAUUACAUAUAACCAUAGACGGACAUGAAACUUCACAAAAUUUAAAAUUGAAGCAUUGUCUUAUUGUGAUAUCCACAUGUUCAUAUCUGAAUUCAAAUAAUUCGUAACAUUGAAAAUAUUCCAUAUAAUAUAUAACAGCGCUGUUUAUCUAAUAGCGUAUUCCUGAGUUGUUAAAGAUUUUUGCAGUUUUUAAAAAAAAAAAAUUCAACCGAAACAUGUAUUAUUUUCAAAAAUAGGUUGAUCCUACAACAAAACGAUCAUAAUCGUAUUUGGCAGAAUUAUAGUUAUUUGGAAUUUAAUGUUUGAAAAUUUAAAAACGCCAAAGCAAGGGUAGAACACAUGACGUUUUUAUUGUAAAGCCUACACUUUGGCAACGUGGCCAUCCAGGAUUUAUAGAAUAUACUGCUUCAAACCGGAUGUCCAACGUAUGACUGCUUCAAACCGGAUGUCCAACGAAGGGGUCGCAAAGCCUGCUUAAAACAAUCAACACUGAAAGAUACAUAACAUGAUAUGGGAUUAAUUCUAAGCCACAAAAAUACUUCCGUUGGUUGAAUCAUAUCAUAUGAAGACGAAUGUCCCAACUAAAAAUGCCGAGUGGAACCGAUACAUGAUGCCGUACGUUUUACCUAUAUGCUUUAAAUCAUGCUGAUGUCUUUCAUUAAAUGAAUUAACACUUGUUAGUUUGUUAAAUUUAUUAUUCGAUUAUGCAGUAUUAUAUGGUUGGUAUUCUUGUUUUUGUAAGGUAACCUCAUCACAGUGUACAAUCCAGUACAUAAUCUGUUUAAUGACGAGAAUUUGAAAACAAAAGAAUGCUUACUUUGACAACAGAGUGUUUUGGUGACUGUGAAAGUGAUCAAUUACUAAGUCAUUCACUAAGUAUCAAUUAUUUAAAUACCAACAGUAAACUUUUUUUGUGUGAGUAGUUUAACUUGUUAACACUAGUAGGCACAAAUCAAUAGGUUAUUCAAAUUAAAACACAGUUAUAACAUCAUCCUUUGUUCUCAUUGUACAUUUUAACAUUGAACUGUUUUGUAUGGUAUUUAUGAUC